GGUAGGUAAUAUAAAAUCCUAUGCAAAGCAACGGAAUGCCACAAGUAUCUGUAAGUCUAAAGUCUAACGAGUUAAGGAAUCCAGCCAUAUCGUGUGCAGUGGCAAAUGGGGCAAUCUGGGUGGUCUCAAAUUUUAGGCAUAGCCACUCUAUUGUAUUUGUUAUGCAGUGGUUUUGCUGCAUCUUUUUCCACGGACCACCCAUUGCUCCAACAACACAAGGACCGGGUUGGAAGGCUCCCAGGUCAAACCUUCAACAUCAGCUUCGCACACUAUUCUGGCUAUAUCACUGUCAAUGAAAAAUCUGAAAGAACACUCUUCUACUGGUUCAUUGAGGCACUUGAAGACCCUCUCUCCAAGCCCCUUGUUUUGUGGCUCAAUGGAGGGCCUGGAUGUUCGUCCAUUGCUUUUGGUCAGUCAGAGGAAAUUGGGCCUUUUCAUAUAAAGUCAGAUGCCAACACCCUUUUUCUCAAUCCUUAUUCUUGGAACCGAGUUGCCAACAUUCUUUUUCUUGACACUCCUGUUGGGGUUGGAUUUUCAUAUUCAAAUAAUGAAUCUGACCUGCUGAACAAUGGCGAUAAGAGGACAGCUGAGGACAACUUAGUAUUCCUAUUGAAGUGGUUUAAGCGUUUCCCUCAAUAUAAAGGAAGUGAUUUUUUUAUCAGUGGUGAGAGCUAUGCAGGGCAUUAUGUUCCUCAACUUAGCCAAGUUAUUGUAAAGUACAACUCGGAUACUAAGGAAAAUGCUAUAAAUCUGAAAGGUUUCAUGGUAGGAAAUGCUCUAACAGAUGAUUUCCAUGAUCAACUGGGGAUGUUCGAGUUUAUGUGGUCAAGUGGUUUGAUUUCAGAUCAAACAUACAAGCUUUUGAACCUACUUUGUGAUUUUCAGUCAGUUGAGCACCCCUCAGAUUCAUGUGAAAAAAUUUGGGAAAUUGCUUAUAAUGAAAUUGGAAAUAUAGACCCAUACAGUCUCUAUACACCUCCGUGCAAUGCUAAUGUUAGCCAGUUAAGUCAGCUGGUGAGAAGAAAACAUAGAAUUGGUAGACUCAGAGGAGAUUAUGAUCCAUGCACCGAAUACCACUCCAUUGAAUACUUCAAUAGACCUGAGGUCCAAACAAUUCUUCAUGUUGAUCCAGAUCAUAAGCCAGCUACAUGGGAGACCUGCAGUGAAUUGGUAAAUACAAACUGGAAGGAUUCUCCAAGAUCAGUGCUCAAUAUUUAUCAUGAACUUAUUCACAUGGGAUUGAGAAUAUGGGUGUUCAGUGGUAACACAGACACGGUAAUACCUGUGACAUCUACUCGCUAUAGCAUAAAUGCUCUCAAGCUUCCUACCGUGAGUCCUUGGCGUGCAUGGUAUGAUGAUGGGGUGGUAGGAGGAUGGACCCAAGAAUAUGCAGGCCUUACUUUUGUGGCUGUGAGGGGUGCAGGGCACGAAGUUCCUUUGCAUAAACCAAAACUUGCUCUAACACUGUUCAAAGCCUUCUUAGCAGGAACAUCAAUGCCCAAUCUUGAACUAGUCAGUGCCUCUUGAAAUUUACGUUUACAUUUACAUUGGAACCUUCCUCCAUAAUAGUCUCUCCCCUUCAAAUAAUUUCUCUAUUGACUGUAUUUGACUGUCACAUGGGGAAUCUGUUUUUUUUUUGCCACGGUUGACGGCUCUUUCACGCGUAACUCGAUUUGUUUUUUUCAUCAUUUUAAUAUUGCGUAAGCCAGACUCGUGCUAUUCAUUUGUCUUCAACUUUU